AUGAUGAUCAUACACGUUUAUUAGAUAAUUAUCGUUAUUUAGCUGAACGUCGAUGUUUAAAACAACAUACACUUCGAACUCCACUUGCAUUAAGACGAAGUGUUUCACUUGAAGAUAGUUCAACAGAUCCAAUAAUAAAUUCAACACAAAAUAGUAAUGAACAAUCUUCAAACCAUUUAUUACCAUCACUUAAUCCACAAUUAAGUUCAUCAUUAAAUUCACUUUGUGUUAAACUUCGACGUUAUCAAUUAUUACCUGAAUAUAAUAAAGAUAUUGAAAAAAUUUCUGAUGAAAAUAAUUUUAGUUGGUGGACAACAGCAAAUCAUUUACGAACAAUGUUAGAAAAACUUAUUAUGACUCAACAAAGAAAAACUUCUCAUGCACCAGGUACAUUUAUUAAUGAUGAAGAAAUUACAUUUAGAAAUUGUAAAAGACAAGGAAGACGAAAUGGUGUUUGUCUUGAAGUUGAUAGACUUUAUUAUAAUGAUCAACUUGUUUUAUUUGCAACAAUUGCUAAUGAAGUUCAAUUAGAAUAUAAUCUUUUGUCUUCGGGGUUUAAAAUAUAA